AUGGGAUUUCUCGUCAGACUGCACUCACCAUUUCUUUUCAAUCCAUCAACUGGUCUUUGGAUUACUUAUGAUGAUGUUCAAUCAAUUAAUAUCAAGAAUAAUUAUAUUAAACAAUAUAAUUUAGGUGGCGCCUUUUUCUGGGAAUUAAGUAGUGAUCGUCAAGCUGAAUUAAUUGACGCAACAUUUAAUGCAUUAAAUAAUGGUAUUCAACCACCACCAGUAAUAACUAGUGCAGCAUCAUCUCUAUAA